AUAUUGCUUGAAGUGUUUACAAAAGAAACCCAUCAAGACUUCAUCAGUAAAUUCAACCAGUACAACUCCGUAUGUCAAGGAAUGGGAUAUAAAGCAGUGAAUUGUUCUGAAGAAGAUAAGAAUAUCAUUGCUUUUCAUUCACUUUUGUCUAAACGACAAGAGAAUCUUGGAACGAAUGUUGUUGUUGUAUUUGGAAACAUAAUACUGAACACUGGAGAUGCCUAUGACGGUACAACUGGUAAAUUCACAGCACCUAAAGAUGGUAUCUACUCAUUCAUGUGGACCAUUCUUACACAGCCUGGAAAAUAUUUUAACACAGAAAUUGUUAAAAAUAGUAAUGUCAUUGGUUAUAAUCAUGCAAACGGCGAAUCAGGCAGUUCGAUCUUUUCUUCUGGAUCUUCAUCAGCUAUAAUAAAAAUGAAGAAGAAUGAUCAAGUCUGGAUAAGAACACAUGGUGACCAUGGAAAGUUUGCUUACAAAAACUGGUCCUCCUUUUCCGGAUUUAAAUUGUAA